AUGUUCAAGAAUAAUAUUUUGACUUCAAUUAUAUGCCGGAACUUUCAUGUUCAAUCGGGGUUGAAGAAAUUUGUCAAUCGUCAACGAUUACCGAUUAAUUGUGGUCAGCCCAUCCAUGAAACGAGGCCAUAUCUUUUAAAGGCAGGGGAAUUGACUCCUGGUAUUACUGCGUUAGAGUACUUUAAAAGAAGAGUUAAGCUUGCCGAUAAACUUGCUGCCAAAUCAUGUGCAAUCAUUGCCGGUUCUCAAGUAAAAUACGCAUCCGGAGCAGUAUUCUAUCCAUUCCAACAGAACAAUGAUAUGUACUAUCUCACUGGCUGGAAUGAACCUGAUUCUGUCAUGAUAAUCGAGAAACCAAACAACAAUCCCGAAGAUGUAGUGCUACAUAUGAUGGUUCCUCCAAAGGAUCCUUUUGCUGAGAAAUGGGAAGGGUUCCGCACCGGAGUUGAUGGUGUUAAAGAAAUAUUUAAUGCUGACGAAGCGACCAGCAACAAAAAUUUAGAGCGCUACAUAUGCAAUAUCAUUAGGAGAUGUGAUUAUGUCUACUUUGAUCAUACUAAGGAUGCAAAGAAUUCGACAGCUUUCUUCAGCAGUUUCUUCUCUAUGAAUGAUAAUAAUCAAAAAGAGCUUACGAUAUUGAACUUAAUCAAAAAUACGACCCCUUCGAGACAGUUGAGACCUCUCAAAGGAAUUGUAGCUGAGCUUAGAAGUACAAAAUCUCCCGCAGAAUUGCGUAUCAUGAGGAGAGCCGGCCAAAUUUCCGGGAGAGCUUACAAUCAAGCGUACGCUCGAAGGUUCAGAAAUGAAAGAACGUUGGGAUCCUUCCUAGAAUACAAGUUUAUCGAAGGUGGUUGUGAUCGUUCAGCGUAUAUUCCAGUAAUCGGAACUGGGGACAACGCAUUAUGCAUUCAUUAUACUAGAAAUGACGAUGUUAUGUUCGACGAUGAAAUGGUGCUUGUAGAUGCAGCAGGUGCCAUAGGUGGAUACUGUUCUGAUAUCUCAAGAACAUGGCCAGUAUCUGGUAAAUUUACAGAUGCCCAAAAAGAUUUAUACGAAGUUGUCCUAGCGGUUCAAAAGAAAUGUAUUGAAUUGUGUGCUGCCCAUAAUGUUAUUUCAUUGCAUCAGAUUCACGAAAAGAGUUUACAAUUCUUCAAGCAAGAACUGAAAAACAUUGGUUUGAGUAGUUUGAGCAACUGGGAUAUCAAUGAAAUCUACCCGCACUACAUAGGUCAUAAUUUGGGUUUAGAUGUGCACGACGUACCAGAAAUAUCCAGGCAUCAACCUUUGCAAGAGGGUCAAGUGAUCACUAUCGAACCUGGUCUCUACAUCCCUAAUGAUCCAAAAUACCCCGAAUAUUUCAGGAAUAUUGGAAUUCGUAUCGAAGAUGAUAUUGCCAUUGGCCUGAAUUCAUACACUAACUUGACGGUUGAAGCAGCUAAAGAAGUAAUUGACAUCGAAAACAUUGUUCAGCAUGGUGUUUCUACCAAAAUAGAUCACGACAUACCUCGUCCUCUUGAUUUCUAA